AUGGAUCAACCAAUAGUAAGCCCGAGAAAUAUCACAGAAGGACAUGACGUAUCUAAUUUGAUUACAUUUCGGUAUUCAACAGAUUAAUAUUGUACACCAAAUAUGAUUAAAUUUCAGUAUUGCCUACUUACAGGAAUGAAGGAAUUAAUAGAAUGAAAUAAACAAUUUUAGAUUCUGAUGAUAGAGCUAUACUGGAAGCAGGGUAAAAUAAUUAGGAAGAAGAACCUUCAAUAAGUUCAUCAGAAUCAGAGUAAAGUGCCAGUAAAAAGGGAUCUGAGACAAUGAAAUUAGGAUCAUAAAGUAAGGUUGAACAUGCUGAAAGAUAGUAUAAAACUGAAGAUUUGUCACCUGUUGAUGGAGGAUGGACUAAUAUAAUAUGGAAGAGGGGUUCGUUGAGAAUAAUGACAUAUGUAGUCAGAUUUGUGAUUUCUAUUCUAAUUAAUUCAGAAAAAUCAAAAUUUUCAUUUAUGAAUAGAAAAUAAUUCACAGCCAUAAAUGAUAUAACAGGUGUUUAUCAAUUUUAUGAAGAGAAUAAAUUAAUAAGAUAGAGAAUAAAAAAGAAAUUUAAAGUAAUCUUAUGUUUUAAAUUAAUAGCAAAUUGUUAAAUCCUAUAUUUAAAAUAAUAUGUGUUAUAAAAUUAUAAGAAAUGGAUUUGAGACAUUUGUUAAUAAAUUUCUUUUUGUAAUAGAUCCAUCAAGUACAAUUAAAAUAUUAUGGGAUUUUUUUAUGUUAUUUGUUUUAUCAUGGUAGAUGCUUUUUGUUCCUUUAAAAAUUUGUUUUUUUAUUUAAAUAAAGGAUCCAAUUUUGAAUUUUAUUUUGAAUUAUUUACCUGUUUAUGUAUAUUUAAUGGAGAUUGUAUUAACAUUUUUAACAGGUUAUUAUGAACAUGGAGUUUUAAUUAUGGAUUAAAAAUAAGUAGCAAAACAUUAUUUCAAGAAAUCAUUUUUUUAUGAUUUAUUAAAUGUAUUACCAUUAUUAGUAAGUGCAUAUUAUGUAUAAUCUAAUUGGUUAGAAUUCUCAGUUUUAAUUAAAAUAAAGACAUUGAAAUUUUUAUCAGAUUAAUUAGAAGAAGUAUUUGGAUUAAGAACAAAUUAUUAAACUUUAAUAGAUGUUUUAAGAUUGAUGAUAUAAUUUAUAUUUUUGUCUCAUCUUUUUGGUUGUUUUUGGCAUUAUCUUGGAAUUCUGUAAGGAGAUUAUGGGUAAAAUGUACAUGAAUAACUUAUAGAAUGACAAAUACUUGGAUAAAUGCAUUUGGGUUGGAAAAUGAGAGUUGGCAGAUUAGAUAUAUCAAUUCUAUUUAUUGGAGUUCAAUAACAACAUUGACAAUUGGAUAUGGUGAUAUUACUCCUUAAAGUAGUGUUGAGAAGAUAUUCACAGUUGGAGUAGCUGUAUUUAGUAGUGUUGUAUUUGCAUAUACAAUUUCAAGUAUAGGGUAAAUAUUCAGUUAAUUAAAUGAAAAUAAAAAGAAUUAAAGAUAUAAAAUGAAUUUGAUUUAAUAAUUUAUAGGUUAAAGAGGAGUUAAUAAAUAAUUACAGAAUAAAGUUAAAAAAUUCUAUGAAUAUUUUAUUUAAAUAGAUCAUUCUUAAGAUAGUGAAUGUGAAUUAUUACUUAAUUAAUUGGAACCUUCUUUAAAAAAUGAAUUGAAAAUAGAUAUCUAUAAAAAAUACAUUAUGAAAUCCAAACUCUUUAAAUCUACAUUCUCACCAGAGUAUAUAUUAUUUAUUAUAUAUAUUUAGAUUUUUAGAUUCACUAUGUUAAUUGGUUUAAGAAAGACAAUAUACACCAGAUGAAUAGAUUUGUGCAGCUGAUACAGAAGUUGAAGAAUUAUGUUUUGUUUUAAAAGGUGAAAUUUCUUUGUAAAUUUAAUUGAAUAAUUGUAAUUAAACAAUAACAUACAUUAUGUAGAAUCUGGUAAAACACAUUAAGUUAGUCUCAUUAAAAAAAAUCAUAUCUUAGGAGAAAGAUUCUUUAUUACUGGUGAUAGAUUACCUUAUGCAGGAAUAGCAAUUACAGCAGUCAGAGUUGCCUUUAUUAAUAAAACUUCAUUUUUCAACUUAUUGAAAUAAUAUCCCUAAGAAUUUGAGAGAUAUUUGGAAGCAAAAAAUAAGGUUAUCUUAAAAGAGAGAGUUAAAGUUUAGGGAUGUGAACUAUGUUAUUAAAAUCAUUAAGUUUUAUAAUGUCCUUUUGUUUUUUAUUACCCAAAUGUUAGAGUCAUUGUUAAAAGAUAAGAAAAUAUCACCCAGAAACGAUAAUUUAAAUAAAGAUCCUAUAUAAAAAGUCAUGUAAAUAUAUAUAUAUAUAUAUAAUUUUUAGAAAUCACUAUAAGAUAGAGGUGGAAUUUAAUAUUAAUUGAUUUCUUAUGCAUUGGAUUCAAAUUUGAUGCGUGAAGAAUCACUUGAUGAAUCAUUAAUUAAAAAUAUGGAUUUAUAGUUUAUAGAGCCUACAAAAAAAUAAUUUAAUAAAAUUCAUACUGAUACUUCUGCUGAUUUAUAAUAAUAAGAUUAGCCUUAUCCUUUUUAAAAUUAAACACCUUUACGUCCUAGUUAAGAAUAAAUUAGUGAAGAUAGUGAAAUUGGUACUAGCAAAACAAAUAAGACUUCAAAUAAUGGAUUAUAAAAAUUAAUAACAAUAAGAUAAAUAUCUUAAUAAAGUUAAAAUUAAUAAAUUUAAUAAAAAAAAGUAGAAAAAUUUAAAUAAAAGAGUUUUAAAGUUAAAAAGAAUGAAUUUAAACCUCCUGAGAUAGUUGAAUUAUAAAAGAUUGAAGAAAUUCAGUCUUUUGAAUCCCCUAUGUGUUCAGGUCAAAAGACAAAUUAAUAAUCUAUUUUUUUUAAUCUAAAUGAAAAUCUAAUAACAAAAGAAUUAGAAAUUAAGAGAAUUUUAUGGGAAGAAUAUGUAUAAACUUAAAUAAUAGAAGAUAAAGAAAGAUUUGAUUAAUAAAAGGAUUAUUAAUUCUUUUAUCCAAAUUGUAAUUUAGAGAGAAUUUUAGAAUAGAUUAAUAUAAAAGUUAAUGAGAGAAAAAAGAAAUCAUAAAAAUCAAGAUUGACAACUCUAGGUAAGAAUAGAUUGGGUUAAUUAUAAAAUAUAUCUGUCAGACCUAGAAAAAGUAUGAUUACAAUUGAAUAAGCAUUUUCUUAAGAAGAUGAAAGAUAAAAAAGUUUAAAACUAUGAU